AUGGAUAAGUCUUGGAUGCUUAUUGAAGACAGAUUGCAUUCCACUGAGUAUGAUGAAGGUGUUAGGCAAUUCUUAGCCAUGGCACAAGUUCAUGCAGUGACAACUGAUCAAAUUAGGUGUCCAUGUAGGAGAUGCCGGAAUAGAGCUUUUCACUCUAUUCGUAUUGUGGAAGAUCAUUUGUUUUUAAAAGGGAUUGAUCCAACCUAUACGGAAUGGAUUUUCCAUGGAGAAGAGGAUCCGAUCCUAAAUUCUACAUUCUCUGAUGAAGAAUUUGAUGAUGCAUCUUCUUAUAAUCACUACAUUGAUGAUGUCGACGAGAUGUUAGAUGACAUUCGUCAUGGGUCGUUUAUGGAUGAGGAAGGUAGCAAUGAAGGAAAUGCAAAUGAUAAUUAUCAACCCUCCACCUCAAAUGCUCCAACCAACUAUAAUUUCGACGAGUUGGUUGCUGACGCACGACAACCACUUUAUCCUGGAUGUGCUAAGUUCUCGAAGCUAUCAUUCAUCGUCAAGCUACUUCACAUCAAGAGCAUAGGUGGUUGGACAGUGAAGUCCUUUGACAUGGUGAUCAAGCUUUUGCAUGAUGCAUUUCCCGACGCUCUAUUUCCAGAUUCAUAUAAAGAUGCUCGUCGCUUAGAGCGUGGCUUGGGCUUUAAUUAUGAAAAGAUACACGUGUGCCCAAAUGACUGUGUGUUGCUUUGGAAGGAAAAUGCAUCGUAUAAUGAAUGCCCUAAAUGUAAAGCAUCUAGGUGGAUUGCAAGCACAAGUGAGCAGCGGAUGAUACCACAAAAGGUUCUUCGAUACUUCCCCUUGAAGCCACGCUUGCAGAGGCUGUUCAUGUCAACGAACACAGCCCAAGCCAUGAGAUGGCAUAAAGAUGCACGUGUUGACGAUCCAACAUGCAUGCGACAUCCAGCAAAUUCAAGGGUAUGGAAAGACUUCAACAACAAACAUGUUGCCUUUUCCCAUGAUCCUCGCAAUGUUAGACUUGGGUUGGCGAGUGAUGGGUUUAACCCUUUCAAUAAUAUGAGUAGGGCGUACAGUAUUUGGCCGGUACUACUUGUGCCCUACAACUUGCCCCCUUGGUUAUGCAUGAAAGAUCCAUACACCAUGUUGUCGUUACUAAUCCCUGGCCCUAAGUCACCAGGGAAUGAUAUUGAUGUGUUCUUGCGUCCUCUUGUUGAUGAGUUGAAGGAAUUAUGGGAAGAUGGUAUUCGGACGUUUGAUGCAUACAGUAGACAAAUGUUUAGCUUGCAUGCAGCACUACUUUGGACUAUCAAUGACUUUCCCGCAUACGCCAAUCUUUCUAGGUGGAGCACGAAGGGCAAGUUGGCUUGUCCUUCAUGUAGAUCUGACACAAAUUCACAGUGGUUGGUAUAUGGGCGAAAGCACUGCUAUAUGGGGCAUCGACGGUGGUUGCCACCAAAUCACAGUUGGAGACGGAAAAAGAACUCUUUUAACGGGUGCGAAGAGCAUGGACUCCAACCAUCAAGGGUCGAGGGAGAGGAUUUGCUAGAACAAUUACGUGAAGUUGCACAUUUCCAGUUUGGCAAAUCUACUUCGAAGAGGAAACGAACGCCGAAUCAACUAAAUUGGACCAAAAAAUCUAUCUUCUUUGAGCUACCCUACUGGUUAGAUUUGGGCUUGAGACAUAACCUUGAUGUCAUGCAUAUUGAGAAAAACAUAUGCGAUAGCGUGUUGGGAACAUUGCUGAAUAUUGAAGGAAAAACUAAGGACUCCGCCAAUGCCCGUCGUGAUUUGGCAAACCUUGGAAUAAGGAAAGAAUUGCAUUUACAACAUAAUGGGGACCAUAUGACUAUGAGUCUUGGUUGUUACAUGUUAAACUUAAAUGAGCGAAAGAUUUUCUGUGAUUGGUUAUCAAAAGUGAAAUUUCCUGAUGGUUUUGCAUCGAACAUUGCCCGUUGUGUGAAUGCUAGUGAAGGGAAGAUCAGUGGAAUGAAAAGCCAUGACUGUCAUGUCUUCGUGCAAGCACUGUUGCCGGUUGUGAUUGGUGGGUUCUUACGGUCUGAUGUGCGUCAAGCCUUAAUAGAUUUAAGCUCGUUCUUUAAAGAAUUAUGUUCUCGAACUUUGAAAUUAUCAGUGUUAACAUGUCUUCAAGCUAAUAUUCCCAUCAUUCUCUGCAAACUAGAAAUGAUAUUCCCUCCAGCUUUUUUUGAUAUCAUGGUGCACCUUGCCAUUCACUUGCCAGAGGAGGCAUUCCUGGCAAGACCCGUGCAAUACAGGUGGAUGUACCCAUUCGAAAGGUAUCUAGGGAAGUUCAAGCGGUACGUCCGCAACAAAGCGCGGCCAGAGGGCUCAAUUGCUGAGGCAUAUGUGCAUCUCGAGUGUCUUACAUUUUGCUCUAUGUACCUCCAUGAUAUUGAAACUAGAUAUAAUCGCGAGGAACGCAACAAUGAUGUUCGUAUUAGGACAACUGAUUUGGGAAAUGAGCCAAGUUUAUCUGUUUUCUCACAAAAGGUUAGACCAUUGGGUACAGCAAUAAUCGAUUUGGUCACAUAUAUUGACAAGGAGCACUAUAACAAGAUCCAAGAAGAGGACCCUCAGAACAUUGACCGUAGGCACCAGAGUCAAUUUCCAUCGUGGUUCAGAUCACGCAUUCGAGAGGUGCAUUCAGUUAGGCCUACUGCAGUAACCGAUGAGAUAUAUGCCUUAGCAUGUGGUCCAGAUCCGUGGGUUGCGUCCUAUGCUGGAUGCAUAAUGAAUGGUAUUCGCUUUCAUACGAAUGAGCGUGAAAGGCAUCGCCGAAGUCAAAAUAGCGGGUUGGUUGUGCAUGGCGAGCAUCAGGGAUCCCAUGUUGACUUCUACGGUGUGUUGCAUGAUAUUAUAGAGUUACGCUACAUGGGUUGGCGUAAGGUAUAUCUCUUUCAAUGCGCAUGGUAUGACAUUGGUGACCCGAGAAGAGGGAUACGUGUUAGGGACAAAUUGACGAUAGUCAAUACUGCUAGGCAAUGGUAUAAAGAUGAGCCUUUCAUUCUUGCCUUCCAAGCAAGUCAAGUCUUUUAUCUCAAUGAUCCAAUAUUGGGGGGAAGUUGGCAGGUUGUCCAUAAAAUUACAAGUAGGAAUGUUUACAACAUUCAUGCAAGUAAUACUGUUGAGGAUGGGAUGGAUAAUGAUGAAACAUCAGAUGGUGACUUAGAUGAUGAGGUUGACAAUAACACUAACAAUUAUCCCCCUAUUCUCGAGAGUGGACCAGCCAUGACCGAGCCAUUGAAUCGAGAUGAUUCAGAAAAUUUGCCUGUUGAUCCAGCUUCCAUAUCGGGUCAAGACCCGAUACAAUCAUCUGACCAAGAGUUUGAUAUUGAUGAUGAACUAUCUGACGAUGACUUGGGGCUGGAGGAUGUAUGUGCCGAUGAUAACUCUGGUAGCGAGGCUGAGAAUCAGCUGAAUGAGGAAGUUGAUUCUGAUUAG